GCCAUCGAAAUCUCCACAUUAUUUUUCAUCCCAAGAAGGCAACGACAGAGCAAUGAUGAGACAUACAACCAACAUCACCGCUGUAUCCAGUGCGGCAGUCGGCAACGAAUUCCACAAUUGGAACACUCCCACUCCUUACCUCUUUGGUUGGUUAGCGUUUAUGUUGGUUCUCAUCGCCACCGCCUUGGUCAUCCUGGUUUGCUCCUGCAAGAAAGCACCGCCUCCCAACAAAAAGGACGCGCCGAAGCGAGCGCACAUGCCUCUGGAAAUGGAGCCUAAGAUAGUGGUCAUCAUGGCCGGUGAUGAACUUCCCAGGUACCUUGCCAACCCCGCCGGAUGCGUCUCUUCCACCAGUCACGCUGAUCAAUUUUGAGAGCCUUUCUUUCACGGGACCACUGUUUUUGAUCUCGGUUUCUUUUGGACACAUGCUUUGAUUGUUAAUUUUGUGUUCUUGUCGUUCUUGUAGUUGAAGUUCGGCAGUAAUAUGUAAAUCUUCGUGAGUUUUAAAAAAAAAAAAUUUUUGCG